AUGCUGAAUACAACGAAUACGGCGCUUAUUCUCGUGGCUGCGGGUGCCCUGCACUUUGGAUACAGAUAUGUCCGGUCGUACUUGGAAAUAGAACGCAUUCGAAAGAUGGAGAACGCAGAGGAGCCACCAAGCGACCCGGACGAGGGCCUUUUGGGCAUAGCUAUCUACAGGCGGAUGGCUAAAGAUCAGGGCGAGCAUGUAUUUCUCGAGGAACAGACCAAACUGUACGAGAGACUCGGUGACACGUACAAAGCCAACCUAUUUGGACGACCAUUUAUCGACACCCGAGAUCCGGAGAACAUCAAGGCAAUUCUGUCAACCCAAUUUGAGCAGUUUUCUCUAGGAGAGAGUCGGCUCGAUGCGUUUCAUCCCAUGCUUGGAGAUGGUAUCUUCACGCAUGUCUACGGUGGCGGCCCAAAGGGAGAGCCCUGGAGGCACUCUCGUGCGAUGCUUCGACCCCAGUUUGCGAAACAGCAGAUUCAGGAUCUCGAAAAUUUGGAAGGAUUUGUUCAGACUCUUAUCAGCAGGAUACCUGGCAAUGAGACCUGUGACUUACAAGAGCUCUUUUUUCGUUUGUCGAUGGAUACUGAAAUUUGCAUGCUACGCUCCCUACUAGGAGAUUUAUAUUUCCUUCAAAAAGAUGGCCGUGAAUUCAAACAAAUCUCUGCAUUCGUCAAGGAAUAUAUCGAUAGAUUUACCUACAAGGCUUUGCAGCUCCACGCAGAUGGGAAGCCCACGUCCUAUGAUGCUAAUGGUAAAUAUAUCUUCCUCGAGGAAAUAUCCAAAAGCAUCAAAGACCCAGUGCGGUUACGGUCAGAACUGCUCAACAUUCUUCUCGCUGGAAGAGAUACCACAGCAAGCCUACUGGCCAUUUGCUUCCACCAACUUGCAAGGCACAAAGAUGUCUGGAACCAAUUACGCAACGAAAUUAUGGAAAAUAUAGGACAUAGACAUCCAACCUACGAGGAUAUCAAAUCCUUGAAGUACCUGAAAUACGUGCUUAACGAAACUCUUCGUUUGUUCCCUGUUGUCCCAUGGAAUGGGCGCGAGGCUGUUGUAACGACGACUUUGCCGCGCGGUGGCGGUCCGGACGGAAAGAGCAAAAUCGUGGUGAAGAAGGGGACGUUUGUUUUCUAUUCCCCCUGGAGUCUACACCGAAGCAAAUUCUACGGGGAAGAUGCGAACGAAUUCAAACCGAGUCGGUGGGAAACCUUGCGACCGGCAUGGAAUUAUAUUCCGUUCAACGGAGGCCCUAGAAUCUGUUUGGGACAACAAUAUGCCUUGACCGAAGCUUCUUAUGUGGUUAUCCGGCUUCUCCAGGCCUUCAAAGACAUUGACAACCGAGAUCCAAUCGAACCAUUUAUCGAACAUACAACGCUCACUCUCUCGAGUCAUACUGGAACCAAAGUUGCCCUUACACCCGCUUGA